CAAAAUAAAGACAAGUCCGGACAGACACCGAGCGACCGACCGAGCGAUCGACAGCUGAACAGACAGGCGAUGCUCCGUUCACUCAGCCGGUCACCCGAGCAGCCGGCGGCCCGGACGCAGUGAGGAGCUCCCGGGGGACGGAGGAGCCCCGAGCGGCGGAACAAAACCGAGCACAAGCCACGGUUUCAGUCGACGGGCGCUCCGGUUUGUUGUGGUUCCUCCUCGAAGAAGCAUCACCCGAUCUACCUGUCAAGUCUCCACUCGGAGGAUCCCGGCGGUGGGGAAAUGUCUCUCCAGGAUGAGCUGACGACCGCAGCGGCGAAGGGGAACACGGCGGAUGUGGAGGAUCUCCUGCGGGCAGGAGCUCCGGUUAACGGGGUGAACAAAUUUGGACGAACCGCUGUGCAGGUGAUGAUGAUGGGCAGCUCCCCGGUGGCUCAGGCGUUGCUGGAACACGGAGCGGAUCCCAACGUGGCGGACCCCAGCACCGGAUCCACGCCGCUGCACGACGCGGCCAGGACGGGCUUUGUGGACACUGCGCGCCUGCUGGUGAAGUUCCUGGCUGACCCGCAGGCCAGGGACCACGCGAACCGCCUGCCCAUCGAUUUGGCUGCACAGAACGGACAUACGGAUGUUGUUGCUUUCCUGGAGACUCUGUAAAAGAAAAAGAAAAAAAAACCGACAACAGAAAGCAAACUGGCUGUGAGGUGUUUUAUUUCCUGCUGGUUCUGAGCGGAGACAGCGGGCCUGGAGAAGAGAGGCCUGCAGCCGAAAUUACUCAUUACGGCUGUUUUAUGUGAACUCUCGUUUUAUUUAUUUGACUGCCGUUUGCUUAGUACUUAACAUUAUUUUAUUCUUAACGAAAUCAGGGUUGUGGGUGGGCACAGGGCCGCUGGUAUGAGAGAUAACACACAUAUCCUGCAACGCUCUUCUGCUACACAGUGUUUUUGAGGCAGUUUUGACUCCUACGUAAUAAUCACGGUGCAGGUGUGCGGUAAGGACUGUUUUUUUAUGCCUAUUCAUGACUAAUAUUUAACCAAAAAAAACGUAAAAGCAAUUGAAAAUGUUUUGCACAUUGGAAUAUUACACGUUUACCUGAUGCACUGUUCUGUUUGCUGUUCCCUGUUUGUAUAAAUAUUAUGCACUUUAAUAAACUGUAAUUUCAGAGA